CAGUCACCAGCAUAGGACUCUUCAGUAAACUUUGGUCAGCGAUACAAAGGCUGUGCUAGCGGUCACUCAAGGAGACAGAAAGCGAUAUGGUCACAUUUUAUAUCGAGCAAAUACCCAUCAGUUAUAGAAGAGGGCAAGUGCAAGCAGGUAUUGUUAUUUUCGCCUUCGAUGUCAGAGAGGCUGGAAUGCCCUAGAAGGGGUCUGCGGUGAGGACAGGGUCUCUUCUCGCAAUUAUCCAGAUGCUUGCGAUGAGCGGAGAACUAAAAGCAGCUCGUUUUUUCCAUGAAGAAUAGGCCCAGAUCUACUUGAGCGGGGUCCAGAUCGAACAAACACGUGGGCCGGGGCAUUAUAUGUUUUUCAUUCCAGGGUAGACGGAAUUGCGGACAUUCAAUCGAUCUGUGGCUAUGAAAGACUAACCUGGUCGCUUCAACUGCCUCUUCGUUUGAGUUUCGGCUUUUUCAAAGCCCCUAGGUUGGAAAGAGACAAAUUUCUAUGGAAGAUGUCCUUGAGCUUCGUCUCUUGCUUCUCUGGUCAUCGGUGCAGUGACUCGUGGAUAUGGGCAAAAGAAGCUUUGCUACAACUAACGUCCACACAAAACUGAGGCAUAACGUGGCAAUAAAACAGAUGCUGAAACGGCCACUAGAAUGUGAUUCAUUCAUUUUCAGCAGCUCGAACGAGAGAGGUGGUAGGUUAGGACAAGUCUGCAAAAGCUAUGCUAUGCACGGUUGCUUUCAGUAGCUUGUGUGCGAGCAAAUCCGUCUCCGGUCCUCACGACGCUCUGAAAUACAAACCACACCGUCACCGUGUACCCGGGAAUGUAUUAGCCAUUUCCUUCAAUACCCGUUUGUCGAUUUUGUAUCAAAAAUCGACUAACGAUUUUGCAAUUCUAGUAGCCAUUUUGUGUGCGCGGCUAAACUCUUGCUUGUUUGUUGCUAUUCUUCUGUCGGAAGCGGAACACACAGACUAUCGCCUUUUCGUCGCGCGUCCUCGUUUCGUUUUCUCCUUCAUGAUGGCACUCGUAAGUGACAUACCAAUGUCGAACGACGGCCAUGCUGUUUCGAAUCCCAAUAUUAUUCGGCGUGCAUCAGAGUCUAGCUCUAUAUUUCCCCAUCGUGGACUCGCAGUAAACUUCGUCGGUACCGCAAGUACGACGUUUGCUAGCAUUGUUAGCGGUACCAAACGUAGUGUUCAGUCAAUGCUCGAUCGCAGCACGGGGUUUCCUUGUGAAUAUUUGCUUCCCGGCGUCGCUAAUUUCAAGAGAGCACUUCUAGCCUCGGACAUGAGGUGUCUCGACGUGGACACGUACUCGAGUCGAGCGAGCAAACAUGAAACGAACGUGUUCAUCGUUACUCCCAACGCAUCUUGUCUUGUAACGAAAGCCUUUUCAGCAAACGGAAACGAACAAGAAUGCUUGGUGGUAGCCCCCGCCGCCGACGAAUUCACCAGCUCUGAAAAAAGAGAAGCUGAAACAGCGGACACUGCGACCGUCGUCACUUCGGAUACGUACUGUCGUUACGACAAAACGGCGCUGCUUGCCGUUCUCCAGAAUUCAAGAGGACUGAAAACACGGGCAACUGUCAAAGCUCUUCUCCAGCCGGAUCCACGUUCCAGGAAGAUUGUCUGUGAAGCGAAGAAAUACGUUAAUCAAGAGCGCCUCGCAAACGACAGCGCCAGUGCACGGUUCAGACGACAGUACUUUUCUGUCGUGGAGGAAUUAACCCAGAAGCAGUUUCUCAACCAUGUACGUAAAAACCGUCCUAGUGAAAGCAGCCUUAUGGAACUUCAAACAUCACAACCCAAUCCUUCGCUUAAGGAAGUGGCUUUCCCGUAUGUACGCAACCUUCAUGAGCUGAAGCUGCCCGAAAUAAAACAGAAGAAGAAAUCAUCUCCGCAUUCUGGGCCAUUAUACCAGGCCAAAUCAUCAAGCGCUUCGCUUUCCGAGAAAACAAAACACCACCAUGCACCUCACGUAGACACCUCGCUUCCGUGGCGCUCCCAGAAAGUUGUGGAGGAACAACUCAAGCCAACGAGGGCGAGCAGGGCGUACAGUGAGAAAUGGAAAGGAGUAACUUGCUCGCGAAGUCGAAUUGGGGCAGCAGCUCAAACUUGCCGAAAAGCAACAGUUGUAUCGAAGACACUCUCUUCGUCCCUUUAACUUCGUGAAUGGAAUAAACUCCUGUACUUUCAAAGGCACCUUUAUCUCUGUCGAAAAGGUGUCACGCCCUGACCAAUUUCGUGCUACCUAAAAUCCAGAGGAUCCCUCCCGAUAAUUUGGUAAAAUGGGAAGCGGAGCAAACACACCCAUAGAAUCAGCAUAUUCAUUCGGCUGGUCUAUUCAGCGCGUGCAUGGACCGGCGUAGCUUUAUUGUGCGAUGCGCCACAGUGCGGCGGUUGUUUCCCGUUCUAGAUCGCUAGCACGGGUUUUCCGUUACAGGAGUACAAUGUUGUCACCUCAAAGUCGUGCCUAUUGUGACAGUGUAUACCCUAUCAAUUGCAAGAGAAUUUGGUCCGAUGCUUCUUCACGUCCAAUCAGACCCCAUGUCAACACAACACGACUAUCGGUAAGUGAGCAUGCAAUUGGUGAUCCAGCAUUGUUAAAAAAACAUGGGUGACUCGUCUCUAAACUUCGAGGAACGAAGUCAAAUCUACAUUUUGCUGUGUUGCGGAGCAUACAAUUACUACAAACGCAUACCACCAGCUCGUAGCGAGAACGCGGAAGUGUCGUUGUGGCCGUUUAUCUCUCGAAGAAACUCCUGAUCCCCGCAUGUGAAGGCCACAAAGCCGCACGC